AUGAGUUCCCUUUCAAUUGGUAAAGCAGUCCUGGUGAAAAAUUACCCGGGUAUAGUACGGUUUAUUGGAGAGACAGAGUUUUCUGCUGGUAUAUGGAUUGGUGUAGAGUUGAAUGAACCUAAUGGUAAGAACGAUGGUUCUGUUGCUGGGAAAAGGUACUUUGAUUGUAGCCCAAAACAUGGUGUUUUUGUCCGAGAAGGACUAAUUGAUAAGGAAGGAGGUGAAACCGGCUCGGAUGUUCCUGCUGCUGCUGCUAUACCGUCGACAUCACUGUCUACUGGUGCCCUGCGACUUCACUUGAUUAUCGAGAAGUUGCAGACCAAACUCAAAAUGGCAAACCAGGAUAUCGAUAAGUUGAAAAGUCUGCUCGACAAGAGCCAAUUGCGAAGUGUGGACUUAGAAUCUAAACUAGAAAUGCAGGAGACUGACUCGGCUUACUACGUAGAGACCAAUAUCGAAUUGCAACAGCAAUUGGAUCGGUUGCAAUCAAAGUACGACGAGACCAAAGUUGAACUUCAGUUGUUGCAGGAAGAAAAUGAAAUAAACAAGCAAAUUGAACAAGAAAUACAAAGACAAGCUACUGAAAAUCCUGACACUUCCUCUACAGAUGUCAAAGAAUUGCUUCUAAGAAAUAAGAAGUUGGAAAUGGCAGUAGUGAAUUUGGAGUCGCUUUUGGAAACAAACAGGACCUCCUACGAAGCUCAAUUGAAAGGCUUAAUGUCAAAUGUAGUGGAAACAGCAUUGUAUGAAGAUAUCAGGGAAAAGCUUGAUAUUGCAGAGUCCAGAAUCUUGAAUUUACAAGAACAGUUAGACAGUACGUUGGAUCUGGAGAAACUCGUCAUAGAGAAUGAGUUGUUAACUGCUAAAGUUGAAAAAUUAGAGAAGACAGUUGAAGAAUAUGUAGAAUUGCAUGAAAUCGAUAAGUCGUUGGAAGAGAACCAAGCUCUUGUCGAAGAGGAACUCAAACGAGAAAUUGGUGAAUUGGUGAAAGUAUCCAACGAGGAUAAAAGGUUAAUAGAUGAAUUGAUAGCAAAAAACCAAAGUGUCAAGGAAACUCUUGAAAGAUUAAAAACUGAAGCCAAGCCUUCAGGUGAGAUCCUGCAAGAAGGUCAACUGAUUCAUAUUGAAUCGCUCAAACUUGAAAUCAAAAAGCUAGGAGCUAAAUCGGUAACAAAUCAGAUACAUUCAGCUUUAAAGGAAAUUGAGUUAAAAAGUUUAUCAGAUCACUUGGAACAGUUAAAGAUUGCACAAGGAACUACUGGCAAUUCAGAUCUAUAUCUUUUGCUAAAUACCAUACAUAUCGUUGGUAAAAAUAUGGAAAGAAUUAAUUUCACAUUGUCUAAAGAACGGAAGUAUGGGUCAGGGUCGAUAGAGGAAGAGCAAGAGGAAGAAGAAGACUAUUCGCCUUCUCUUUUGUAUCUUGAGCAAUCCCUAUUAAAACAGCUUUUGAUCACUCUCUCAGCAAUUAAAUUCAAUCUAGAGUAUAACUAUGAUAAGUUGAAGAGCCCGCUUUAUUCUGCCAUUUGGAAGGAUUCAAUUCCAAAUUUGGAUAUUUCUUUGAGUCAAUUUGUUUACAAAGGCGAAAAUGUUGGUGCAAUGGACUUGAAAUUUGUGGAGCAAUUCAUUCAAAAUAUCUUGACUUCCUUUGGCUUUCGAAGUUGUCACUUAAAGGUUAUACAAGAGCAAGGAAAAUUGUUCGUCAAUCUUACAAAAGAUUUGAUGGAUUUCUUAGACAAUGGAGGUACAAUGGCAGAAAAGACUCACCUACAGGUGAUUCUGACUUUGAUUGAAGACAUCAUAGCUAAAAGUGAACACAGUGACGACAAUGAUAUAUACGUCUUCCCUUCGCAGAAGGUUGACUUUGAUUUUUACUUCCAAAUACUGAACCAAAUUGCGUCCAUCUUACUAAGAUUUCUGAAAAACGCAGAGAUUGAAAAAUAUUCACAUUCUGAUGACAACUCACUCGACCAAGAAACAGUGGACGAAAUAUUUGAAAAUGAAUCUAACUCCCUCGAGAGGUUGAAAACUUUGCUAGUUGAUUUGAGCAACUUAAUAGACUCUGAAAUACAUAUCAACUUUGGGAAAGAAGUAGUCAAUACUGCUGUGAUAUAUGAUGCUUUGAAAGAAACAGCUCUCGUAUUUCCAAAGGAACAGUCUGAUUCAAUCUCUAUCGAUUCUUUUGACUCCUUACAAGCGAAGCUUUCUCAGUACACUAAGAAUGUUUUUCAAAAAGAACAAAAGAUAGAAGAGCUCCAGCUCACUGUAAAUCUCCUUGAAAGUAACUUAUCAUUAACAGUCAAUCAAAAGGAUAAAAUAAUAUCUGAUCUAAAUACUACACUCGCUACAAUAAAGGAAGAGCAAAAGGUUACGAAGGAGAAUUACAAGCAAUUAUUGGCCGAGAACAAUUCCUUACAAGGACAAAUAGAAGACUUACUUAUAUCCAAUCAAAAAUAUCAAAAGGGCGUUAAUGCUAACCUGGCUACAUUUGAAGAUAUUUAUGCUGAAAUGGAACAGUCCGAAAAGCUAUCUCUUAUUGGUGAAGUUCAUCUAUUGAGGAAGAUGCUAAAUUAUUAUACUUAUUCCAUUAGUAUUGGAGGAAAAACAAUUGCUGAAGAUGACUAUGAAUGGCUAAAAGUUUCAAUACUCCCUCCAUCAUUAGAAGAACGUGAUGGUAAUUUCUUAGCAUUACUGAAUACGCUAAGGAAACUAUCAUCUAAUGCAAAGUUGGUAGUCUUGGCCAAUUCUGGUCAGAAUAUGAGCUGGAAACCAAGGGGUUCAAUACCUAAAUAUGUCUCUUCGGUAUUAAAGGAAAAGGAUCAAAGAUACAAACUGAUUAAAUCGGCAAUCUUCGAAGGUAAAACGAAGUAG